AAUUUUUAAAAUUAUGUUAAUAAUAGUUUUAUAACGAAAAAUUAUAAAACUCAAAAUGAUUAUGUUCACGCCAUCUAGUCCUUAGUUGUAUUCUACGAGCUUGAACAACUUGUUAAUCAAUUUUCAAGCAGACGAAAACUAGAAAAUAGUACCUUCGUUUUUUUAAUUCUUGUGUAGGAUGCUUUAAUUACAACAAAGCAAAAAUAUAAUUAUUGAAAACAAGAUGAGUGAUUCAAUAUCAACUCAACAAAUUAAAAAAAAUAAAAAGACAUUUAAUGGAAAUAAUGAAGAUAGUGGAAAGAUCAAAGAAGGAAAAAAGAGUUUAUUAAUAGCUUACGUUUUAUGGUUUUUUGGAGGGACCAUAGCCUUACAUCUCAUUUAUUUAGGCCGUUAUAGACAUGCUUUACUUAUGUGGUUUACAUUCGGAGCUUUUGGUAUUGAAUACUUCAGACAUAUUUUAAAAAUAAGUGACUAUGUUGAAGAAUCAAAUCUCACUUCUGAAUAUGUAGACAAACUAAAAGCAAUUCAAAGAUGUAGAACCGCACCAAAGUUCAGCCUCUUAAGAUUUUGUGCUGAAAUUCUAUUUGGCUACUAUUUACAAACGUUAUUCUUUUCAAUUUUUCCAGUCGAAAUUUACGAACAAAACAGUACAUUCCUUGUUAUAACUAGAAUAUUUGUUGGUUGGAUUUUUGUACCAUUCGGUAUUGCUUUAGCUGUUUCUUUAAUUGGAAAUAUUGGUAUGGAAAGAAUUUCAUUUAAAUGGUGUUUAAUUGGAGCUUACGGUGGAUCUGUAUUUUUUCUCUUUGACUACUCAUCAGCAUAUCCUAUUCUACUCUGUGCAGUAUUAUCUAAUUGGAAAGGUAAAUCAUGGAAGCCUAUUGGAUUAAAAAGAGCCCAUUGUGCGAAAGCUCUUUCUAUAAUGUUCAUUAUUAUGGCAAUAUACUCAUUAUUUUUAACAUUAGCUUUAUAUCAGAACGCAACAGUUGAAACAAAGGACGGUGAAAAAAUUCUACUUAAGGAUGCACUACACAAUUUCUUUACAUCACCUGCUUGGAAAGAUACAAAGAGUACCUUACAAGAGUUAUACAAUACUUAUCAAGAACAUGGCUGGGUAGAAAUGUGGAAAAUGUUACAAAUUCAGCUUGAUCCUGAAGGAGAAGCUAACGCUUAUAGUGUUCUUGAAUUAGAUGAUAACGCAAGUAAUAAGGAAAUAUCAGCUGCUUAUCGUAGUUUGGUUAGAAAAUGGCAUCCUGAUAAACACUUAGAUCAGAAAGAAAAGGAAAGAGCAACAACCAAAUUCAUGGAAAUUCAAAAGGCGUAUGAAACUCUUUCAAAUAUCAGAAAGAGACAUAGCUCCUAGCUCAGAAUAUUACUGAAUACUCUCAAUGUUGUGAAAUACUUAUAUUGGUCUCAAUUAUUUAUACAUGUUGCUAGGAAAGUAUAUAUUUUGGCUGUCACCCUCAAGGGAAAUUGUUUCAUGACUUUUUAAAACACAACUCGACCUUUUAUCGUUCUCUUUAAUAAUAUAAAUCAAAAUGCACUUUUUCGAUAUGUUUAAAUUUAAGAUUUUAAUAAAUAUUGUUAUUUAGUCCUUU